AUGGACUGGAGGACUGUUUUAGUGGCGCUAUCGUUGGUGUUUUAUACAGAAGCAUUCUCAAAAUAUGGACGCACAUGUAAAGACAUCGGAUGUCUCAACAGCGAAGUAUGCGUGCUAGCUGAAGACCCAUGCAGCUUCGGCCACAGCUCUAACUGCGGCACAUAUCCUACUUGCAAAAAGAAGUCUCAAGUACAAGGAUCCCACGGAGAACCAGCUCAGCCAUCUGUUCCGAAACCUGUGCCACAUUCUCCGACAAACAACUUCGACCCCGCUCCCAACUAUCCCGCACCAGCUCCACCUCCUGGCCCCUCUUCAAACACGGGAGGCAGUUCGUACGGAGGAAGCUCACCGUAUGGUGGAAACUCGCCGUAUGGAGGAAGUUCUCCCUAUGGUGGAAAUUCGCCCUAUGGAGGGAAUGCACCAUAUGGCGGCCAGUCGCCUUACGGAGGCAGUUCACCAUAUGGGGGAUCAUCGAACCAUGGAGGAAGUAACCCUUAUGGAGGCAGUUCACCAUAUGGUGGAUCAUCGAAUCAUGGAGGAAGUAAGCCUUAUGGAGGCAGUUCACCAUAUGGAAGAUCAUCGAAUCAUGGAGGAAGUAACCCUUACGGAAGUAGCUCACCUUACGGUGGCACAAAUCCUACCGGAACAAAGAGUCCUCUUGAUAACAUAUUCAAUACUUUGAACAAAUUUGCAAAUGGCGGUGGCACUGGCACUGGCAGUGGCAGUGGCGGUGCAAGCACUGGUGGCUCAGGCUUAUCCAACAUCUUCGGGAAUAUUCUGGGAGAUCUUACCAAAAGCGGAGGAUAUCAGCCCGCUUAUCAGGCUCCGAAUCAGAACAAGAACUACGGCCAAAGUAAUGCGCACCACAGUGCAGCCACUACGCAUAAACCAGCGAGCUAUGGCUGGAAUUUUGGUGUGACAGUGGUGUUGACAUACCUGGUACACCAAUUUGCCUUCAAUGUGAUACAUACCUAA